AUGACUAGAUUAUUGAACAAAUUAGUACCCGGAGUUUAUGUUCCCACGUUGACCUUUUUCAACGCUAAAGAUGAGUCGCUUGAUUUGGAAUCUACGAGUCUUCACGUUACUAGGCUUGUUAAGGCUGGCGUGGCAGGUAUUGUCGCACUGGGAUCCAAUGGAGAAGUGUGCAAUCUCAACGACGAGGAACGCACCAGGACCAUAGCCACUAUUAGAGAUACGCUUAACCUGGUGGGCCAUGAAAGCAUGCCCAUUAUUGCUGGUGUCUCUCAGCAAAGUGUUGUGAAUUGCGUUUCUAGCUGUAUCGAUGCUUACAAUGCUGGUGCUGACGCUGGCCUCAUAAUCGCCCCAUCUUACUAUAGACAUGCCAUUACCAAUGAUCUCUUAGUUGAAUUUUUCACUCAAGUUGCUGACAAAUCACCUGUCCCUCUUGUCUUGUACAACUUUCCAGGAGUUGUUGCUGGAAUAGAUUUGGACUCCGACCUAAUUAUCAGACUAUCUCGGCAUCCGAAUAUAAUUGGCGUGAAAUUUACAUGUGGAAAUACAGGAAAGCUCUCGCGGGUUGUGGGAGCAACAAAAGCUUGGAGUCCGCUCAAUCACCCUAAAGGUUCUUCUAUCAGCGACGGAGAUUUCGUGGCCUUUGCCGGUAUGGCAGAUUUUGUUGUUCCAGCCCUUGCAUUAGGCGGGUUUGGUGUAAUAUCAGGGGCAGCUAAUUUGAUUCCAAAGACGAUUGUAUCAGUUUACAACAGUUACGUCGACGGCGAUGCAGAAGCAGCAUGGGAAGCUCAAAGUAAGCUUUCCGAAGCAGACUGGGCGUUAACAAAGAUAGGCAUCUGGGGUUCCAAAGAGGCACUUCAGCAUUAUCAAGGCUAUGGAUCUUACAUGAGAAGUCCUGCUAAGCGUCUCACGCCAAGUGAAGCUAACAUAAUGCUAGAGAGCAUCUCACCUUUCCUAGAUGCUGAGAAGGUCUUUGAUUCUUAG